AUGGGUGAUAUCAACCUCGACAGCAACCAGGUCCGCGGACUCAGUCCCAGCCAAGGCCACGAUCAAGGCCAGGCCAAGGCUUUCGCGAGCGAUCCCGCCCGCCUGCCUCACGACAGUGCCGCAUUUCAAUCCCAGCUCGAUUGUGUGAGCCAGCCGUUUCCUUCAGCGCCCUCGUCCAACCUUCCGUAUGGCCAACGACCGAUGGACAUGGGCGCACUACGUGCUGCUCUGCCACAACUCGGCCAGGACCACAUGGGGUCGCCCAGCCAUUACGGCGCCGCAGGAGGUGUGGGCAUCCCACCUGCUUACCGUUCUCACCAAACGCCACCGCAGCCAAUGGAUCACAGAGGAUCAAUGGACCCCAGAGCGCAGCAACAGCAGUACAUGAUGCCUCAGUUCAGUUCCAUGCCUUCUCAAGGUUCCAUGAUGCAAAGGCAGGCGAUGCCACUUCCCUCGCAAGGACAGUACCAGCAGUUCGACCCCUAUGCGUAUGGCAUGCAGCCUCCCCCCAUUAACACUUUUGACCCCCGCAUGGCACCUCUCAAUGCCUAUGGCAUGCCUCCGCAGAUGGCAGGUGAUUAUGGGCAGUACAUUCGCAGAGGCUCAGAGCCAGGUCCAAUUCCGUCCUAUCCCAGAGGGCCACCGCGCAAACCGAAACAAUCAGGGAACGCUCUCUGGGUCGGCAACCUUCCGCCAAAUGCCAAUGUGACCGACCUGAAAGACCACUUCUCGAAAGACGCCACCAAAGACAUCGAGAGCCUGUUCCUCAUAUCGAAGAGCAACUGCGCGUUUGUCAACUACCGGACAGAAGCCGCUUGCACGGCUGCGAUGAACCGGUUCCACGAUUCGCGCUUCCACGGCGUUCGGCUGGUGUGUCGCUUGCGCAGAGGCUCCACAUCGUCGACUACUUCGAACCAAAACCUCGCUCCAGCUCAAUUGGACACGCCGCCGCCAUCCCACCACAGCUCUGUCAGCAGUUCUUCACAAACAAUUUCCGAGGAAGCGUCUAGUCCGACCAUAGUCGGAGGCAGCGCGGCACCCACAACAGACGGAGACACCACUACAUCUUCCGCAGAACAAAACCAACGGGUACCAGAGAAAUUCUUCAUCGUCAAAAGUCUCACAGCCCAAGACCUGGAAGCCAGCGUCCGCAACGGCAUCUGGGCGACGCAGUCACACAAUGAAAAGGCAUUGAACGAAGCCUACGAAAACGCCGACAACGUCUGCCUCAUCUUCUCCGCGAAUAAGUCGGGCGAGUACUUUGGCUACGCACGAAUGGCGUCGAAAAUCUCCGGCGAGCCCGUCAACCUCGGCGCUUCUGUGUCGCAAGCCGAGACCCCAUCGUCAGGCGCGCCGCAAUCUAUCGCGACUCCCGCGACGGCUACCGCGCCAAGGGGGAGGAUCAUUGACGACUCUGCUCGCGGCACGAUUUUCUGGGAGGCAGAGCACUCGGACAAUGAGGACGAGGGGUCGCCGAUGAAGGCGGACGGAGAGUCGGGCAACCAGAAUUGGGGCAAACAAUUUUCUGUGGAAUGGAUGUCGACGUCGCGGUUGCCAUUCUACCGGACGAGGGGGCUGAGGAACCCUUGGAACGCGAACCGCGAGAUCAAGAUCGCCAGAGACGGCACAGAGCUGGAACCCUCAGUCGGACGACGCGUCGUCCAGAUGUUCCGUUCCCCUCAAGGCCCCAUGGCGCCGCACCAUCCGGGCAUGUACCAAUAA